AUGGUGUUCUAUCAACCAGGGAACACGGAUCAUAACCUCCCACGAGAUCCCUUCAAGGCAUGCGUGGUUCCCAGGCCCAUCGGCUGGAUUAGCACGGUAUCGCCACCAAAUGCACCAUCUCAGGAAAAUGGCACCACCACCACCAUCAAUGGAUCAGCGGCGCCCGCCCAUAACCUGGCACCAUACAGCCAAUUCAACAACCUGACCUUCGAUCCACCGUAUGUGAUGUUUUCCGCAAAUCAGACAGGGUUUGGUGAGCGAAAGGACACGACUCGCAAUGCCGAGGCAACCGGUGUCUUCUGCUGGCAACUCGCGACUUGGGAUCUGCGAGAAGCCGUCAACAAGUCCGCCGAGGCGGUUCCCUACGGCGUGGACGAGUUCGAGAGAGCCGGGCUCGAGAAAACGUGGUCUGAAGUGUUGAAGACCCCGGUCCCGAUGGUGAAGCAAAGCCCGGUUAGGUUCGAGUGCGAAUACUACACGACUCUAAGGCUUCCGGGAAAUCCUCCCAUGGGAACUGUCGAUGUGGUGGUGGGGAAAGUGGUGGGAAUCCAUAUUAGUGAAGAUGUUUUGACGGAUGGCAAGAUCGACAUCAGGAAAACCCAACCCAUUGCUCGCUGCGGGUACUACGAAUAUACUGUCGUCCGCGAAACAUUUGAAAUGAUUGUACCCGGUGACCCUGACAUUUUGUUUGGCCUCGAGGGGAACGUCGCAAAACACAAAGCACAUCGGGAAGCAGCUGAAAAGACAGCACUGGAGGGCACCGGUCCACCUUAG